AUGAAUUCGUUGCUGGGCGUCCUACUUAUCAGCUUACAAAUUUAUCCUGGAACCAGCGGUAUGUUUUAUGCUUUAAAUUACUUUUUUUAAGAUAUAUCCGUUGCUGUUUCUCCUACAAUAUCACAUUUGCACGUUGCAGUUUGACCCUCAGGUCAAAGUCAACGCCUAACUGAAGACGCCGUUUAUCACUUAGAAAUGUACCACCUUCACCACGAGAUAACAAUUUUUUUUAAGUCCUUAAAAUAGAAUGCUAAAUGCACUGUCAUCUUCUCCUGUUUUAACUAUAAGCAAGUAUUUUGGAAAUUUAAUUACACCACCAGUCUGAUUCCCACAAGAGUCUUGUAACAUUCAUAUAAUUUGUUAUUUCCCUCAGAAUAAACUCACCGGUGAGUUGUUUUUAUCCUCGAAGGCAGAGGCAUUACACUUGUUGACACCUCUUUUACAAUAAAAUUCUAACAAAGGUUCAUUUUCUUUUUAGGGUUACCUAACUUUGAAGUCUUACAAAAUUUAUAUCGAAUAAGUUUAUCGCUCGUGUGAUACCAAUAAGUGAACAAGACGAGGCGGGAUGCCCAAAACUCACUCAUUCUAAAAAAUACAGUUAAGAAUACAAAAAAUCGUUAUGUUUAAAAAUUGUGAAAAAACUUUCUCGACUCAAAUAAAACCCUUAUCGGAUAAUUUUAAGUUGAUUUCCGUCUAAGAUUCUCGAUGCAUUUUUACUUCUAAUGUUACUUAUGGAGGAAGCUAAUGAACAUGUUUCUCUGAUUUUUUCAAUGGGUUACAAUAUAUUUCGACUUAAAUAAAAGGUGUUUCGAAUGUUGCCCACGUCCUUUCGUGAUCUGAAAAUCAUUUUUCUAAAAUAAAUCUUUCCUGUAAUGAUUUACAUCCUGUGCUUCAAACACGUAGCUCACUGGCUCACUGGCUCACUGGCUCACUGACUCACUGACUCACUGACUCACUGACUCACUGACUCACUGACUCACUGACUCACUGACUCACUGACUCACUGACUCACUGACUCACUGACUCACUGACUCACUGACUCACUGACUCACUGACUCACUGACUCACUGACUCACUGACUCGAACUUGUGUUAUGACUGAUAGGCUGAAUGAAUAACAAAAUAACGUAACGAUUGACUGACUCAGUGAUAAUUUUGACUGACUGAGGAGUGUACAUAAUUACAAACUGCCAGGUAAGAUGCUUUUCUGGCUUAUUCCAUGACUGAUAGACUGAAUUGGCUAUCAUCUGUCUCUUUAUUUCAGUUUACGGACAGAGAAUUUACGAAUCCUCCCGUUCUGAGAGAGUAAAUAAUGGCGAUCGACUCGUCCUUAAUUGCUCUGACAGAAACCUAGACCAGUUUCAAGGAAACGCGAAUUUCACUUGGAAGAAAAACUCCGUGACUAUACCGAAUGACGACCCACGCUUAAAUGCAGACGGGAAAGGCACCCUGCUACUUGAGCACGUACGGCAAAGGGACUCUGGACAAUACACGUGUACUUUUGGUUCAGCCGACGUCUUUAGCAUUAGCAAUAUGACACUGUUUGUCAUAGGUCGGUGGUUAAUUAGCAGUGUUGUACAUCAUUCUUCAUUAAGUCUAGAUGUUAAAAGUAUCUACCUUAAAAAUACGUAAGAAAAGAUGGAUCUAACAUUUCCAUCUUUAAUAUUUAUGGCCUGGUGGCUCUGAAUUAUUCUUAAUUCCCUCCCUCCCUCCCCUCCCCUUCCCCCGCACCUUAUUAGGAGUUAAUUGACAGCCAAUUUACUAUUGUCUCCCCCCUUUUUAUACUUCUGAAGACGACUAAGUCCCAUUCCUUUCCUCCCCCUAAAAACCAUUUGGUCCCCCAAAAUCCCUCGAACCUCCCCCGGGGAUAAAUAGUCAAUGGUCCCUGAGGAUGGUUGCCAAGCAACCCUUAAACCCUUAAAGAAGAGAUUCAAGGGCAUAAACUGUCAGAAAGACGGAAUUUAAACGAAUUCAUAUCUGAAGAUAACACUUGAUAAAGAUGAAUAGAUUUCUUUGGGGAAAUGCUUGAGAAAUUGAAACAUUUACAUCCCUUUCACAUACCGCUAGUCUGAUAAAUUGUUCCUUUUAUAGGCAGUACAUCUCCGAAUAGUCCGACAACGAAAGUAAUGCAUUAUCGGAAGCAUUCAGCACAACGGGGUACCACCUUGAAUUAGGCUCGUACCCAGACCUUCCACGGCCAUUCAGUUACAGUUUCAGGGUAGGAUCCGGGUACGAGAUUAACCUUGUAAGCCAUGUUAACACAUUUCCUGUACAUGCAGUCUCCGAGGGUAACAGAAGGCUAAGAGAGUUGCUUAAAGGAACUAUAUCACAUAGUGCGCAUCUUAAAACAUUUGGCCAAACUUACUCAUUGGCAGUCCUUGUUGACCUUCAAAUGGCAUCUUGUAAUGAUAUAACUGAACUCAUGUUGUCUUUAUGAAUAAUUCCUAUGCCACAAAAGCUUAGAUAGCCGUGCAGCGGACAAGAUAUCUUUGUUUGUUUGUUUGCUUUAAACAGGGAACGAUCCAUCCAACGGAGUCACAUCCACGAGUAGUGUCGCAGAAACUGCCAUGACAAGCCUCAUAGCAAGUCAUACUAGACUUGUUUACAGCGUUACGAUAAAAAGCUCCACGACAAGAAGUGUAAUAUUAAGUAGUGUCACGACAAGUCGUGCACAAAAACAUAGCGUCACGACGAGUUAUGUCACAAGAAGCAGUAUCACAACAAUUCGCGUCACCACAAAUAGCGUCAAGUCAAGAUAUAUAACGACAGGGAGUGCCACGACAAAUCCUGUCAUAACCAGUAGCAUCACGACGAGUAAUGUCCGGAAAAGCAGUAUCUUAGCAAGUCGCGUCACGACAAAUAGUGCAGCAACAGGUAGUGUCAUGGCAGGUAGUGUCAUGAAAAGUCGCAUCAUGGCAAUCAGUGUCACGACAAACGAUGACACGAAAAGCAGUGUCGUAAAAAGCAAUGUGACCAUCAGCUGCGUCACGACAAAUAGUACAACGUCGGGUGGUGUCACGAGAAGUAGUGUCACGAGAAGUAGUGUCACGACAAGUCGCGUCAUGAUAAUCAGUGUCAAGACAAAUGGUGACACGAAAAGUAAUGUCGCAAAAAAUAGAGUUGCGACAAGCCCUGUCACGACAAAUGGUGUCAAGAAAAGUAACGUCACGACAAUUAGUAUCACGAGAAGAGGUGAUACGCCGAGCAGCGUGAGCAUGGUUUUGUAUACUACAGCGAUUGUGGCAACAAAGCAGCCAUCGCCCUCCCCUCGGUUAUUCACACAAACAACUACAAAUUUGAUUUCAAGCCUACAACUGCAGGUAUUUGAUUGCUAUUGAUCAUUAAGAAUUUGCUAUGUAUGACAUUGGUUUUUUUCUUCGUAAGACUACAGCUUAGAAACACAUGAUGAUUGAGUUCUGGACCCAAUUUAUAUCUAAAGAACGCUGAGUCAACCCAACCCUCAUUUUCUCUUGGUCAAUCUCGGUAGGAAAUUCGUCACUUUUUUCAUUCACGGAAACUGCUAAAAUGUUAACCACAACAAAGUGAAGUCGCAGGUUUGCAUUCGAUAUUUGAUUUUUUUUUUUCAUGUUUGCGGAGGCUUUUUUUUUUCUUUGUCUACCCUAUCUCCUAAGGCCUAUUUACACAGUACGACUUUGUCGCAUGCGACAAGCUUACGACAGGCCUACGACACGAAUUGUAUCGUGUAAAUCAAACCUACCACUCGCUUACGACUGUCGUGCACGUCACGAAAAAUGUCGUAGGAUUUUAAAACAUGUUUUAAAACGCUGCUACAAUCGUAGCCGAAAUUGAUAGAAAAUGACGUAUUUUGUGACAAAUUUCUACUGAGUAGGGGAGGAAGGUGAAAUUUUCUUGCGUCAAAAUGGCGGAGGAAGUCGCCUCCGGAAAGUCGAAGACUGCUUCCAAAGCGAAAAAUACAUUCUCAGAUGAGGAAACAGAGAAUAUGAUAUCAAUGUGGAGCGAGGAAGAGGUUCUUUUCCUUCUCUUGCAAAUUAUUGAAACAAUGACCGCGGCCGAAACGAGUGGAAUUGCACGCGAUUUUGGCAUGUCGUAGGUGAAAAUGUCGUGCGCGUGUAAAUUGUCCUAAGUCAUGUCGUAGGCCUGUCGUAAGCUUGUCGCACGCGACAAAGUCGUACCGUGUAAAUAGGCCUUACAAGGGCUUACGUUUGAUAAUGUUGUAUUUCCAUGUUCGUAUUUUGUGCCUUACCAUCCCCAUAAUAGUAUCAGUUGUCUCACACUCAGGUUGAAGCUCUUUUGAUCGGUGACAAACCCACCAACAUUAGUACAGUCCUUACUGAACUUGUCAAACUGACAAAGCCUGGGAACGAGCUGAAAGUUAACGCAAGCGAGCUCUCUUUAUCCUUGGAUAUACUAGAAAAACUAGUGACGUACAACUCCUUGGAGAACCACACUGCCAUUACCACACCAGCCGACCAACGUAACGUCUUGGAAGUAGCCAGUAAUUUACUGAAUGAAGAAAAUGUGGAAACGUGGUUAAUGUUAGAAGAGGUAAUGCUGUUGGAUUUUGCUAAAUCUCAUAAUGGUAUCACUUUCGUGAUUUAUUGAAUGACUGUCUGACCAAUUGGACGACUGAUCGUUUGAAUGACUGACCGAUAGACUGACUGACUGAAGGUUGACAGCCGCAAUUACUAACUGACUGAUUGAAUGGCUGACUGUCUAGGUGACUAAUAGGCUGAUGACUGACUGACAGACUGAUUCACUGACUAACAGACUGACCAACUGACUGACUGAAUGGCUGACUGCCUGAGUGACAGACUGACUGACUGUUUUACUGAUUGAUGGCCUGAGUGACUGACUGACUGUCUCACAGACUGACGGUAUGGGUGAGUGACCGACUGACUGACUGACAGUGGAGAAAGACUCCUCGAUAAAGACCCACUUUGGAAUAUUUCUAAAUAAUGUUGCUGUCCCUUUUUUUUUGCAAUCACGUGACUUAAAAUAAUCAGAUGAUGUAUCAGUAAUAGCCCAAGUUAAAAAUACAGAAAUAGUUCAAGGAACAAUAUAUCAUGCAAAGAGGACAAAGAUCUCACUUAAUUGCAUUGCCAUCAACCUAUACCAUGUUUUCAAAACUUACCUUCAUCACCUUUCAUACUUAAUACAUGUUCAGAAUCAAGGAAACAUCAUCGGUUUACUACUAAAGACGAUGGAAGAGUUUGGUUCUCAAGUAAGCAGUCAGCUUGGUAGAUCAAUUAAUUCUACCUCCUUCGUCCUUUUAUCAAGAAACAUUGCUUUCAGAGUUGAUCGCUUAAACCGGAAUGAAACGGUGAGUCAGUAGCAUACUUUUGGUUUGCUCUCUUUUUUCCCUCCCACUUCCUUUGACGCAUUAUCACUGACCGUCAAGAAAUGGCUACGAGGCGGACUGUAAGAGAAUCAUUUCCCCUGUAAAUCCAACGUGUUGUUUCCUUAACAAGCGCGUCUUGUCUUGCGCAUAGAGAGCGCUUUUUGAUUACGUGCCAUAAACCAAAACCAAAGUAAUCGCAACGGCCAAUCAGAAGAGAUAAAAAUACCUUUAAGAGCCAAUGAGAACUCAAAGUAAAACAACCAAGCUGCCUAAAGCGCGGGAAAGAGCAGGCAACUAGGUCGUGAUUGGUUUAAAUUUUUCAUCUGAUUGGUUGAGAGAGUGGUGCGUGUUUUCUGGACCAAUCACCGAGCGAAAAGCAAAAAAAUGCAAGCUCAGAUUACUUUCGAUUAAAUUGAUCCAACCAAACAUCUUCUUUUAUUUCUGUUUCCAGCUUCAUGUGAAUUUCGCUCAGCACGGUGCAACAUUCUUUGCUCCUGGGUCAAUGUUUUUAGAUCCCCCAGGGAGCCGUGUGUCGACCAUCGUCUACAAAACACUUCAUAACGUGUUUAGACUUAAGGAGAAGGGAUUCAGUGAAGCUCAAAAGGAAGGGGGAAAGCUGCAGACGAUUGGCUCGAGUAUCAUCUCAGCUACGGUUCUACCAACUCCAAAAUUCCCAUUGGCAAAACCAGUUAAACUGGUUUUUAAACGUAACAAUCAGGUAUGGGCAAUAUGAGCACUGAGCAUUAAUGAAAAAAAGGUGAUAAAUCAAUGUCAACAGCACUGAUUUAAUGUGGUGUUAUAUACAAUCGUAUGACAUCGUUUGCAGAGCCGUAAUUUGAUUGGACAGUGCGUAUUCUGGGAGAUUGGCCGAUCGCAGCGAACGUGGCUUACACGUGGCUGUACACGUGUGGAUCAUGAAUCAAAUGCUAAAGUCACAACGUGCGAGUGCGAUCAUUUGACCAUCUUCGCUAUUUUAAUGAAAAACAAGCCGGUAAGUUCAUUAUGUAUCUCACAAUUUUUAAUUCUGUAUUUCUUUACACGGUAUGUUUCUUACCUUAGUCUCUGAGUUGAGGGUCUCAAUAGGGUGAUGGCUUUUACGGCUCACGUUUAAAACUUUUCCCUCUGGCUAUUCGAGCUGGUAAGCUUCAUAAUGUGGCAUGUUACUGCUCAUUAUAUCAUCUGAAAGGAGAUGCUCUGAGUUUCUUUUAACCAGGCAGAGAUUGCUGAUUGGCUGAAAAAGAGGGCAUUUUUAGAAAGCAUUUUAAAACGCUUAACUUUGCCUCAGUGUAAAUGGGCUGGUUUCAUUGCUUUGGCGUUGUUGUGUAAAAAACAAGAUUUCACUUAGCUGAUCCGCGCAUUUUACAUUUCAUCGACGCUAACAGAACAAUGAAAUGGCUUCCCACGAAAGCGCAUAGCAGCGUGCGUUUUUGACCUUCGUAAUAAAAGAAAAGUUUGCUCUUUAUAUUAUACACAAGUAAUCGCUUGCUUCCCUAAAAUUGAGGAAUAAUAUCACUUGCUUUUACAGAGGUUUCAGAAAUCGCAACUUCUGAGGCCCUAUGCGAUGAACUAUACUAAUGUUGAAUAAAAUGUUUUCUAUUUUGUUCUAUUUUUCUAUUUUCAUUUUAGGUGCAAGCACAACAUCAACACAACCUUGAGUAUAUUUCCACGAUAGGCUGCGCAUGCUCUCUACUGUUCCUUCUGCUGACCUUUACGGUGGUUGUUUUGUGCUGGAAACAAGUAAAGAGUAUUCGAGUCAUAAUGUUACUGAAUCUUUGUGUGGCCAUUGCUGCUUCUUGUUUUUUGAUCAUCCUGGUUGGAUAUGCAAAAAAAAAAGAGGUAACUAUAAGAUAUGGACCUUUAUAUAUAUUUUUACAUUGAGAUAGCUGCAGGUUUUUUUUUACCUCCCCACUCUCUGCUCAAUCAUUUAUAAAAAUUGUUUUCGACACAGAAUUAAUAACAUCAGGCUACGUCCAUUAUUUCGUUGGGUUCAUCUGUUAUUUCGCCGGUAGUCAUUUAUACUCUUAAAUGGAGUGUGUAAUUGUGGGAGCAAAUAAUCUCACACGUGAUUGAAACAUAGUGACCCGGCCAGAUCUCAAACCCAUAUCUCUCUAUCUCUCUAUUCGUAGUUCACUGUGCUCACUUCCAGGCCUCCGCGUUAGAAAACUGAUCUCUUUAUUUUUUGUCCGUAGAUGCUAUGCACAGUCACUGCAGUAAGCCUCCAUUAUUGGACCUUCGUUGUCCCAGUUGCGAUAAUCGUGCUGGUUAGUGGUGUUUUGUUUAAAUUAUUUAUUUUAUGACUCACCAAGCAUUUUCACUCACACGCGAUUGGUCUAAACGCAUCACUUCAGAAUUAGUCCUCACUAAGACCUGGAAAUAUGCGGCGAGUUUCUCCAAAUAAUGUGCAAAGAAUGUUCGAAACAAAUAAAAUCUUCUUUUAAAUUUGAAUCUAGAUAAUACAGCUAGGGUGUUUGUUAUCGUUACCGAAGCGUUAAAAGUCGAACGACAGAAGUCUGCUAAGUCAACAUUUCUCAUAAAGAAUAUCAGAACAGUCUGCAAUCAUGUAAUCUUCCACCUUUCUGUCAACGCAAUGUAACAGUCCCAUCACAAAAUCAUAAAUCUUUUAUAAAACCCGCUUUGUUACUUAUCACAUAAUCAGAAAGUUCAAAAUAUGUCAGCUAUUUCAUAAAUUUAACAAAUAACGAUAACUAA